UCUUCUUUAGUACUCCGUAUUUCUUUUCUGCUCGGUAGCUUUGAACAUAUCGCAGAGCAAACGGCUAACAGUCCUCAGAUGAUGAGAUGCCAAAUUCUCAUAAUCUACGUACAUCUAAAACCCUAGUUUCAUAAACCCUAAAGCUGACAAACACGUAUUGUUGUUUGCCAAUGGCCUCAGCUGAUAUUUUCAUUUCAGGUAGUCCUCUUCAUCCUAAAACGUCCAUUCACUUCCUUAGCUCACUUCGUAGCUCAGUCCGACUUCGAAAAACUUCAAUAAUUCAUUUGAAUUUCACUCCAAGAAUUGGGAUAGGAUGUCGUUUUCUUCACCGACCGUUAGCCAUUUUGCGAAAAUCGGAUUCCAGGGCUUCGGCUGUGUCCAACAAUGGCACCAAUUCGACCGAAGAGGAUUUCAUUUCUAGGGUUUUGAAACAAAACCCUAGCCAGGUCGAACCCAAGUAUUUGAUUGGUGACAAACUGUAUACGUUGAAGGAAAAACAAGAUUUGGAGACAAGUUCUGAUUUUGGGGUUUUUGAAUUUCUGAAGAGAUUGAAUUUGAGGAAGAAGAAGGAGCAGAGCGAUGAGGUUGGAGACGAGAAUCGAGUGAAGUCCGAUGCUGUGUAUUUGAAGGAUAUUUUGAGGGAGCACAGAGGGAAGCUUUAUGUACCUGAGCAGAUUUUUGGUGCCAAUUUGUCGGAAGAGGAGGAAUUUGAUAGGGAUUUGGAGGCAUUGCCGAAAAUGAGCUUGGAGUAUUUUCGAAAAGCCAUGAGGAAUGAUAAGAUAAAGCUUUUGAUGUUGAAGGAAGAAACAGGAGUGCCUUACAGUUAUGGAUUUAAGGAUUAUAUUGUGGAGUUGAAAGACAUCCCCGGCGACAAGAAGCUGCAGAGAACCAAGUGGGCGAUGAAACUGGAUGAGAACGAAGCUCGAGCUCUAUUGGAGGAGUACACUGGCCCUCGAUACGAGAUAGAAAGGCAAACUACGUCUUGGGUGGGAAAAUCACCCGAGUAUCCCCAUCCAGUUGCAUCUUCAAUAUCGAGCAGAAUGAUGGUAGAACUUGGAAUGGUGACUGCUGUGAUGGCUGCUGCUGCGGCUAUUGUUGGGGGAUUCCUAGCUUCAGCAGUUUUUGCUAUGACCAGCUUCAUUUUUGCAACGGUUGUAUAUGUAGUAUGGCCUAUGGCAAAACCAUUUUUUAAGCUUUUUUUUGGUAUUGUCUUUGGUAUUUUAGAGAGAGUGUGGGAGAAUUUUGCUGAUAUUUUUGGUGAUGGAGGGAUUUUCUCCAAGCUAUAUGAAGUUUACACUUUUGGUGGCGUGUCUGCCAGUCUUGAGAUGCUAAAACCGAUCAUGGCGGUAUUUUUGACUAUGGUUCUUCUUGUUCGUUUUACCCUUUCAAGAAGACCUAAGAACUUCAGGAAAUGGGAUAUAUGGCAAGGCAUCGAAUUUUCACAAUCUAAACCACAAGCUCGUGUUGAUGGUUCCACAGGAGUUACAUUUAAUGAUGUGGCAGGAAUUGAGGAAGCAGUAGAGGAACUUCAAGAGUUGGUGAGGUAUUUGAAGAAUCCAGACCUAUUUGAUAAAAUGGGGAUAAAACCUCCACAUGGGGUUCUUUUAGAGGGCCCUCCUGGGUGCGGCAAGACCCUGGUUGCCAAGGCCAUAGCUGGUGAAGCUGGGGUUCCAUUUUACCAAAUGGCUGGGUCAGAAUUUGUUGAAGUUUUAGUUGGAGUUGGUUCUGCUCGUAUCAGGGAUCUCUUCAAGAGAGCCAAGGUAAACAAACCAUCGGUUAUUUUUAUUGAUGAAAUUGAUGCAUUGGCUACAAGGCGUCAAGGAAUUUUUAGUGAUAGCACCGACCAGCAGUACAAUGCAGCUACACAAGAAAAGGAAACUACAUUGAAUCAGCUGUUGAUAGAGCUGGAUGGGUUUGAUACUGGAAAAGGUGUCAUAUUUUUGGGGGCUACAAAUCGUAGGGAUUUGUUAGAUCCUGCGCUUCUUCGACCCGGUCGUUUUGAUCGUAAGAUAAGAAUUCGUCCACCUAAUGCAAAAGGGAGAUUGGAAAUUUUGAAAGUUCAUGCGCGUAAAGUGAAAUUGUCGGAGUCUGUUGAUUUGUCUGCUUAUGCACAGAACUUACCUGGAUGGACAGGAGCAAAGUUGGCUCAGCUGCUCCAAGAGGCUGCUCUUGUGGCAGUCAGGAAAGGACAUAAAUCAAUUCUUCAGAUGGACGUGGAUGAUGCAGUUGAUCGGCUUACAGUAGGACCCAAACGUGUUGGGAUAGACUUGGGUCAUCAGGGACAAUGCCGUCGAGCUACUACUGAAGUGGGAACUGCAUUGACUUCUCAUCUGCUAAGGCGGUAUGAGAAUGCCAAAGUUGAACGUUGUGACCGCAUAUCAAUCAACCCUCGUGGCCAGACAUUUUCACAACUUGUGUUUCAUCGACUUGAUGAUGAAUCAUACAUGUUUGAGCGCCGGCCACAAUUGCUUCACCGCCUUCAGGUAUUACUUGGAGGGAGGGCUGCUGAAGAGGUAAUUUUUGGACGGGAUACAUCAAGGGCAUCUGUUAAUUACCUUGCUGAUGCAUCCUGGCUUGCUCGUAAAAUUAUCACAAUAUGGAAUUUGGAGAAUCCAAUGGUAAUACAUGGAGAACCACCUCCUUGGAGAAAGAAUGCUAAAUUUGUGGGCCCAAGGUUGGACUUUGAAGGAUCGCUAUAUGAUGACUAUGACCUGAUUGAGCACCCAGUCAACUUCAAUUUGGAUGAUGACGUUGCACAAAGGACAGAAAAAUUGAUGCAAGACAUGUAUGGAAGGACAGUUGCUUUGCUGAGGCGGCACCACGCCGCUUUGCUGAAAACUGUAAAGGUUCUUCUUAAUCAAAAGGAGAUCAAUGGAGAAGAAAUCGACUUUAUCUUGAAUAAUUACCCUCCACAUACACCUACAAGUCAUAUACUGGAGGAGAAGGAUCUAGGUAGCCUUCCAUUCUUCAGAGAGAAAGAGGAACAAGGCCAUGAGUUGGAGUACAGCCUACCAACUCCAUCACAAGGCAAACUUUCGUGAUGGAGAUAGAUCAUGCGGUUCCAAAUUUACACCAUCCAUUCAAGAAGAUUAAAAAGUGAUAGGGAGAUUCAUUCCGCAUUAUGUCCGUGUUUUCCUGACUGUUUUUGUUCCUAUUGUUGGUGCAUGCAAGAGCAGCAGCAGUGAAGAGGAAUUGUGAUAUGGAAAUUACAAAUGAUAUUAGAUUAGCACAUCAAAGAUUUUGGCAUGUUCAUUGUUAGGAAUCUUGGGGUAUGUAAAGAACUCAUGCAUGAUUCUUUAGGCCAUGUAUCACGUGAUUAUGUAAAAUCCCCAAUUCAUUCUCUUUUUUAUGUAUAAGGAUCGGGAAUAGUAGUUGAAGAUUUCUUAUGGAAGAAAGAAAGAGAGAUGAGUUGAAUGGUUGUGAUUAUCACAGGACUGACAUAAUUGAUUGGUUAUCAUUCAGAUGGAUAGUAUGUAAUUUUUUAUUUUAUUACCAUCAAUUAUUUUUUUCAUAGUUGAUACUCA